GCUAGGCUGCUCAUACCGAUCGAAAGUCUUUGGCUUGGCACAAUGCUAAGAUUGUAUAAGUCGUAUUUUGAUUGGUGGAUAAACCACGUGAUAAAAAACCGGACAUAAACUCAUACAGUUAAGUUCAUGAAUCAACCAUGGAAAACCUAGGAGCGCUAGACAGCCAUUUCGUCCUAUUUUAGGACUCCUCAUCAGUGCGCAUCCACGACCCCACCUCUCGGGGUUUUCUAUGGUAGUUUAGCUUCACUUGAAUCAUGAUCUUAAUUAUUGAAAUUACUACAAUCUCCACAAAACCCCUUCUGAAAUUAAUUGUAAGAUGUGAUCGAUAAACGAACCAACCAAUAAUAAAAGGAAACGCCCACCACCACAUUAACUCCUUUUGACCUUGUACGACUGUAUCUUUUAUUAGCCAAUCACAGUUUAAUGUUCAUUGUAAAACAAUAUUUGCUUGUUGGCUCAUUCUUCCUAUUCUCUGGCUACCGUUCGGUAUGUUAUUUGUCUCUUUUUUCCUGUAUUAAUAGACUGUACUGUUCGUUUGCACACUAACGAUGUUAAUUUAUGUUUUAGAAACAGAUAAAGUUUAUCAAGCCAAAUAGCUUACUUGUUCUGACUUUGGCUAGACCAAGACUCUGUACUCGACGGUCUAGAGAUUAGCUUCGAGUUGAAUCUGUAGGAAAUUGCUUCCUACAAAGUUUCGAACGGUAUCUCAUCAAAGUUUCGUACAUUGGGUACCUUUAGAUGUCUAUGGAGAGUCGUAAAACUGAUCAUAUUCCUGAAUUGUCUCCUCAUUAUUCAGAAACCCAUAGUGAUGACCAGCUCGGAGGAAAUACCUACCGAAUGGAUCCCUUGUUAGAGUUAGAAUUAGCUAAAGUACGUUUAGCUCAGACAGAAAAAGAAAUCGAGCUAGAACGGUUACGCCAAAAGGAAAAGAACAUUAUGAUCAAGUUAUGGUUGACAAGGCGAUGACGUAUGAGUCUACAUCUGUCGUUGAUGUUCCUCAUAGAAAAGACUGGGUAACAAUGAUGUCUAGAGCUUUAGACCUACCAAAGAAAGAGAUUAUAAGGUUUGAUGGUAACCCUAUGAACUAUUGGAGCUUCAUACGGAAUUUUGAGGACUGUUUUGACGAGAGCAUUGGGUUCCGAUCUAGGUUAAACUAUUUGAUCCAGUACUGUGAUGGUGAAGCUAAAAACACUAUUGUUCAUUGCGCAUUGCUUGAACCAGAAGAAGGCUAUCGUAAAGCACUAGAACUUCUCGAGGAAGCAUUUGGUCAGAAGCAUAUAGUAGCUCAUGCAUUUAUUGAUAAGAUGCUGAACAUCCCUGCCAUUAAAGGGACCGAUCCAUAUAAUUUAAGAAGGUUGUCUCGUGAGAUGCAUAUUUGUGAGCUAACACUCACGCAGAUGAACUAUGUAUCUGAUCUUAAUUCUACAAAGACUAUCGAAUGCAUGUUUUUAAAACUCCCGUUACACCUGCAAAGAGAAUGGGUUAAAGUUGCGUGUAGAAUUCUUAAGACAGGUAGAGAACCUUCAUUCAAGGACCUUUGUGAAUUGUGAAAGAGCAGUCAGACAUUGCUAAUACUAGGUACGGCUUACUUGUCAACCGCGGUAGUAAUAGUGGCAAUAAAGAUGUUGGUGUUUUAAAAAGGAAAAUUAGUACAGAUUACAAUUCAGCAAGAAUAUCUUAUGCGAGUGCUAGUGAUGAUAACGCUCUCUUACGCAGUUCAUCUUGUUUGGAGUGCUCCAGUAAUCAUUCUUUAGAUCAAUGUCAGAAAUUUAAAGACAAGAAGGUUAGAGAAAGGAAGGAAUUCGUUCUUAGACACAAGUUGUGUAAUGUAUGCCUGAAGGCAAACCACGUAGCAAAAAACUGUCGAUCGCCGAGAUCGUGUGCUGUCGAAGGGUGUGGCUGGAGACACCAUACCUUGUUACACGAGUUGCGGGAAGAACCAAGGAAUACUAAUAUUGAUGCACACAUUAACACCCAGCUAUGUACGGAGAAAAGUGUUGAGCGUGUACAGAAACAAGCAGCAUUCGCAAUAGUGCCUGUACUGGUAAGAAAUGGAGAAAAGGUAGCACAGACUUGCGCCUUCUUAGAUAGUGGGUCGGAUGCCUCGCUUAUUACAGAAGAUCUAGCUAAAAGGUUGAAUUUAGAAGGAGAGCCUAAGACGAUUUCGUUGAAAACGUUGGAUAACUAUUCCACAAUUCAGUGUAAAGAGGUUCAACUAGAGGUUUCCUCCUUAGACUCGUCUUCGUCAUUUAGGAUCCCAAACGUAUGGACAGUCGAGAGAUUACCUAUGUUGCGCAGGACGGUACCAACGACGUCCCAAAUGAAAUCCUGGACGCAUUUAAAAGACAUAAGUUUUCCUAGAGUAGAGGAUGAGAAUGUCAAACUGUUGAUCGGGUGCAACGCACCGAGUGUACACGAAAUGAAAGAGUUAAGAACUGGAAAGUCGAAUGAACCAUUCGCCGUGAAGACUCCGUUAGGUUGGACGCUGUUCGGUUCCUAUAGGAAACCUUGUGAAAGCAAUUGUGCACUCAACCACCUCUCAGCUAAAGAGGAAUUAGAGGAUAAGUUCGAACAGUUGUACUCAACUGAAUUCAAAGAUCCAUUUAGUCGUACUAUAUCGAUGUCUGUAGAAGAUCGUAUAGCACUCAGUGCUAUAUCAAAUUCAGUACAAAGGUUAAACGGGCACUAUCAAAUAGCUCUACCUUGGAGGCACGACCACGAGUUACCUAAUAACAGAGAAUUAGCAGAACGUAGACUUAGCUGUUUGAAAGGUAGACUUAUUCGGGAUAAGAAGUUGUUCCAAGACUACGUAGACUCCAUGACUCGGUAUGUAGAACGAGAUUACGCUGAAAAGGUAAACGAUAACCACUCUGAUGGGCGAAUUUGGUAUCUUCCUCACCAUCCAGUCUUCCACCCCAAGAAACCUAACAAGCUAAGAAUAGUGUUCGAUUGUGCAGCUCAGUAUGCUGGAACGUCUUUAAAUAAGAGCCUUUAUUCUGGGCCUGAUUUAGUCAAUAACCUAGUAGACGUUUUCACCAGGUUCCGGCAACGACCAGUAGGUCUUACAGCGGACAUUGAAGCCAUGUUCCAUCAAGUAAUAGUUCCGCCGCAUGAUCGAGAUGUUCUUAGAUAUUUGUGGUGGCCAGGUGGAGACUUAGAAAAGGAACCCGGGAUCUAUAGAAUGAAAGUUCAUCUGUUCGGGGCAACUUCAUCGCCAUGUUGCGCCACCUUUGCUUUACAGAAAACGAUUUCUGAUAAUAAAGAUAAAUUUCCCAGGGCUGUUACGCAAGCAGCUAAAGAACAGUUUUAUGUGGAUGAUUUAUUGAUAAGUGUGGAUACCAUAGAAGAAGCCAAACGGACAUAUUCGCACUUUAAAAGACUCCUAAGUUUGGGAGGAUUUAACUUAACUAAAUGGACUAGUAAUAGCGUUGAAGUGCUGGAGUUCAUUCCAGAAGGAGACCGUGCUGAAGGAAGCAUUACUGUCUGUGAGUCCAGUGAGACAAGUAAACGAACUCUUGGAAUAGAGUGGAACGUCCGAACAGACGAGUUAUGUUUCAAAGUUCACGAAUUUCACGGAAAUCCCACCAGAAGGAAUGUUUUAUCGUAUGUAGCAUCUAUCUUUGAUCCAAUUGGGUUUGUGGCCCCAGUAAUAUUGCCGGCUAAAGUGAUCUUACAAGAUACUUGUCGUCAGAAACUAGACUGGGAUGCCGAGUUACCCAUAGAUUGUCCAACAAAGUGGAAUAAUUGGUGUAGACAUAUAAAAGGGUUAGACCACUUAAGGAUACCAAGGUGUUUGAAACCAGGGUUUGAACCAUCAUCUGCGCAAAUUCAUCGUUUUGCCGACGCCUCCGAGUUUGCGUAUGGUGUUGUUGCGUAUAUUCGUUACGAAAGUGUUUCUGGUCAGAUUCAUUGUUCAUUCCUGCUAGCUAAGUCUAGGGUUGCUCCUCUAAAGCUUGUUACUAUACCCAGAAUGGAAUUAACGGCCUGUGUGCUAAGAUUGGAAGGCACGUAAGGGAACAGUUAAGUAUCCCCAUUUCGUCAGUCAUUUAUUGGACCGAUUCGACAGUUGUGCUUCAUUGCAUAAAAAAUACGACUAAAAGGUUUGAAAGGUUUGUGAGUAACAGGUUAGAAACUAUACACGAGUUGUCUACGCCGAGCCAAUGGAGAUAUGUGAAAGGUAAAUUGAAUCCUGCAGAUCACGCGUCUCGUGGAUUAUCACUAAAUGAUAAGGCUAAGGUAAGAGAGUGGUUACAAGGGCCGAGAUUCUUGUGGGAGGAAGAAAAUAAGUGGCCUAACCUAGAAAAGAUUGAGAACACUAUAGCCCAUGUAUUGACAGAGGAUUUCGAACUUCCAAGACACGAUGAUGAGUUCCUAGAUCGAUUUCGUACGUGCAAGUCGUGGUCCAGACUUCUAAGGGUAUUUUCAUACUGCAGACGGCUUAUCAAUAAUAUGUUAAACAAGAGGAACGGAAAUCGUCUAACCUUAGGCGAGCUAAGUGCUGAGGAUAUCGAAAAUUCGAAGAGUGACAUAAUUAAACUAGUCCAAAGUAUCGCGUACCCGGCCGAAAAAAGAAUUCUAAACAGCGCACCGUUGACGCUCGGAGAAAACGCUUUUAGACAGCAAAAAGGUCAAGAAGCAAUGGACGAGGUGAACAGGAGAAGAAAAUUAAUUCGUCAAAGUUCUAUAAGAAAUCUCAACCCCUUUAUGUUUGAAGGCAAAAUCCACGUGGGAGGACGUUUGCAGUUAUCAUGUUUACCCUUUGAAACCAAAUAUCCGAUUAUUCUUCCUAAUAAUCAUUUUGUUACAGAUAUGAUUAUAAUGCGUUAUCAUGUGAUUAACGCACAUGUUGGAGUUACUCAAACUCUGAGUAGUAUUCGUGAGGAGUAUUGGAUUGUUAGAGGAUAUUCUACUGUUCGGAAGGUUCUAAAACGAUGCUAUUUAUGUAGAAGACUUUAUCCUAAACCAUGUUCCCAACUAAUGGCACCGUUGCCGGAAUACCGAGUAGAGACUCAUUCGCCACCCUUUAGUCAAGUAGGUGUGGAUUAUUUCGGACCGUUCUAUGCCAAGCGUGGUAGAGUUGUCGAGAAACGUUAUGGCUGUUUAUUCACCUGCUUAUCUAUUAGAGCCGUUCACAUCGAAAUGGCCUAUUCUUUAGAUACGGAUUCAUUUCUAUGCGCAUUAACGAGAUUUAUUGCCAGAAGAGGAUGUCCAAAGCGUAUUUUUAGUGAUAACGGCACAAACUUCCGAGGUGCAGAUGCCAGUUUGAGACAGAUUAUACGUUCCUGGAAUACUAAUAAAAUAGAAAACCACCUUAAAGAACGAGAAUGUGAGUGGCGUUUUAACCCACCUAGAGCAAGUCAUCGAGGUGGUGUGUGGGAACGCAUUAUAAGAUCAAUUAGAAGAAUCUUAAGAGUGCUUUUAUUCCAAAACGUGUUGACCGAUGAAACUCUGCAAACCUUCUUAACUGAGGCGGAACGGAUACUGAAUGACAGACCUCUGGUUAAGAUGACAGAUGACCCUGGUACCCUAGAAGCUCUUACUCCGAACAAGUUGUUGUUGAUUCAUAAAAAAUUAUCAUUCAACGAUGCUUCGGUGGAUAAGACGUUAUUAUACAACAAAAGAUGGAAAGAAGCUCAAAGACUAACCGCCGCAUUCUGGAAUAGAUGGAUAAAAGAAUAUUUACCGACUCUUCAAGCAAGAGACAAAUGGUUGGACGUACACAAGAACUUACAACCGGGUGACUUAGUCCUCGUUAGUAACGUCGAAAUGAAUAGAGGUCUAUGGCCUAAGGCUAUAGUCGAGCAAGUAAGCUAUGGCCCGGACGGACGAGUCCGCACGGCAAAGUUGAGAACUUCAAACGAAGAAAUCGUCAGAGAUGUGCGAAGCCUAUGCUUGCUGGAAGAAGCCGGUUGUCUGAAAGCGACGACGGCCCUGGACAAUGGACGUGGUGCGCGUUUCGGGGAGUGUAAGAUGUGAUCGAUAAACGAACCAACCAAUAAUAAAAGGAAACGCCCACCACCACAUUAACUCCUUUUGACCUUGUACGACUGUAUCUUUUAUUAGCCAAUCACAGUUUAAUGUUCAUUGUAAAACAAUAUUUGCUUGUUGGCUCAUUCUUCCUAUUCUCUGGCUACCGUUCGUGAAGGAAAAUUCGUUAAACGUUCACCUUGAUAACCGUUACUACGGGGGCCCCAUGGGAUUAAAUUCAGAAGGCGGUAAGAAGCUGCAACUACAAUUUAUCAGCUGAUCGCGCGAACCACAGAAUAACAAACACACCGAGCGGACUUGAAGUGAAAAGGCCAACGAAUCACUGAAAGCGAGUAUAGAGGCAAAUUUACAGUCAUAUCAAAUCAAGGCACGGCGAAUCGAAGUACAGUUUGCUUUUAUAACACAAGCACAUAUAUAUGAGGGAAGGAAAAUAAUACAUCGAGCUAUACAUGUUUAAGCAAUCACGAUUUGAGUUAUACAGAAAUAUGUGUAGGCUGUAAUGAGAGAUCAAAUAUACAAGUUUACGUAGGUAUGAUAGAGGUUCUACUAAUACAAAGAAAUAUGAAUUGUUACUAUGUCGAUAACAUUGUCUGGCAGAUGAAAGGGCUUAACAAGGAUUAGCCGUCAUCAAAAUUAAUCGUGAGAGUGUUACUGCAAAACUCAUGCGACUAAACUAGGGUUAAAAGAUUCAUCAGAAGUCAGAUGAGGUUUAUAUACGUCAAAUUAUGUGGAUUUCUUAUUAUACUGUGACAGCCUACGUGUUAGAGUGGCUUACUAACACUUGUAUACAUACAAGUAACUGGCUUCCAGAUGAAUUUCCCUGAUUCUAGGGGGAAGCCGUAACCUGUAGAGUGAAAAAAGUCAAGAGAAACGUGAUGACUCAUCAAAGACGUUAGAUGAAAACUACGUCAUAUCAUAAGGCAAUUGAAGUUCAAACUGUAAGCCAUUACAUCUCAGCUCAGAGCUCAGGAGUUUAGGGGAUCACGUUAACUUGAAAAAAGAAGGUUUCUGAGUUUGAUGUGCAACCUUCACAGGUAUCUACAGCCUCUUUAUCUGAAGACUGCUUGUAAUGAGAUGUGCUUUUAAAUUACACAAAGUCUUGAAAAAACCACCUAACUAAAUAGUACUUCUGGAAUUUAAGAAACCUAUAAACUCUUAUAAAUCCAUAUUUUUAUCUCUUGAUGCCUUAUCCAAAUGCAUCACUAUCGGGUGUAUCUGACCACUAUACAACCAAUCAGUAUUAAAUAACUAAAGUCCCGAUCGCUCAUAAGUGUUCAGUGUACUGGAUCAUGUGUACACUAAGGAUAUAUAUGAACCAAGCAUGCCAGUAUUCAGAUAAGCGUAACAAGAGUAUAACAUAAGAAUGAGUUUAGAAUGACCUCAAUUAAUGUUCAGUACUCAUGUAGUAAUCAUCGAAGUAUUGAAAAAGAUCUAUUAAUGACUAUAAAAAUAAAUCAAACUGAGGAAAUAUUCUAGUGUUGGUAAACUGAAAAACUAACUGUAAACAACUGCAUGGAAAUGACUUGAAACUGUCAUUUACUGAGGAGAGUUAAAGCAAAAAAUUACAGAGUUAGAAGCCGCAAUUCCCAAAAAAUUAAACGAUUAGGUAUGAUUCCAUGAACAAGCUGAUUUAGCUCAAAGUCAUCCGACUUUCGUGACAACAUCAUGAUUUCUACAUUUUUGUACCGAUAGGCUUGUCUACUAUAGAAUUUAAAACUUUGAGAUAACAGUAUGAAAAAUAUUGAAAGUUCCAAAAAUAGUGAUGUCUUAAUGAAUGUUGAAUACAAAUCAAUGUUCAAUACUUAGUUUGUUUGAUAAAAUGUUCGUGCUGUUCUUGGUUGAUAUCACUUCUCAAAGAUAUCCUAGAAUUACUUAGGCUCUACUUUUUUUAAAUUAAAUUAAGCUAUAAAUAUAAAUUAACAGUCAAUAACAAUUUGUCCGAACGGGGAUGUGAGGAGAUUAUAGUAAUUUUGAUUAUUGAAUUCAUGAGUCAAUCUAAGAUAAACCACCAUUGAAAACUUCGAAGCACUGGACGGUCGUUUCGUCUCAGUAUGCGGCUUCUCAGCAGUGCGCAUCCACAAUCCCUCACUCGAGACUCAGACUCAGAAACUUCGGUCUCACGCGCGAACAUUUAACCUGUAGACUGCAUGGAAGGCAUCGAAUGGUGUUAAUGUUUAACUUAUUAUUAGUGGUUCAACUUUUACAUUAUUUCUUAGUUUUAUGACAAAUUCAAAUGUGAUUAUUUUGGCAAACCAACAUUGCCAUAAGACAAUUUUUUCAUCUUAAACUAGAUUACAUUUUUAAUCUAUUUGUCCAGUAAAAAAGAAUUCAUAAAGUUUAAAAAUAACAUUCUAUGGAAAUUUACUAUAACACGCAAGAAGUUAAUCAAUGUUGCACUAAUAAGAUCAAAUAUCAAU